AUGGAGGAUUUGAUUGUUCGCCGUGCUAUUACAUCAGAUGCAGUAGCACUCCAGCCACUUGUUGAUCGUAUUGGUGAUCUUCUUGUUUCGCGUUAUGGUGUUAAAGAUAUUGCCGAAUUGAUUGAGAGUUCAUGUCUCACAUUAACAGCAGUGACACAAGGCGAAGAGGAAACUCCAGUUGCCAUGGCCAUGUUCAGCUAUCCACCACAAUCUACAUUUUAUUCAUACAAAAAACUAAAAUUAACAUGUUUCCUUGCCGAAACACAGUAUGCUUCAGAUUCAGCACGAUUAAUACUUCGUUCAUUGUUUGAAAGUCAACCAACAUGUGACAUGGUUGAAACCGAAAUCAAUGUUGAAGCUCCUCUUGAAACACCUUUAGUUCCAUUCUUUAUUCAAGAAGGUCCUAAACUUGUUUGUCGUCGCGACAUAAUCAUUCCACCACUCGUUAUCAGAGAAGCUCGUGUAGAAGAUUAUGAUGAUCUUAUGCCGCUUUUCGAGGCAGAAGCUUCAGAUCUUCUUGAAAAGAACGGCCCAUUCUUUGUUGCCAAUAUUAUUAAGAACACAGAGAAAUACAAAUGUCUUGUAGCCGAAGAUGAGGAAGGUUUGGCUGUUGGUUUCGUUUUAAUUCAACCAGAUUUCGAUUUAUCAAUUCACGCUCAAGAUUACGACCUCAUUGCAUUCCAGAAGAUUCUCAAUGAUACAAAGACUGUUUUUCGUAUCAGUCUUUUCUUCAUUGCCGAGAAAUAUCGUCUUCAUUCUCGUGAUUUCAUCAAACCAAUCUUUGCUCUCAUGAGAGAUGCCGAUUACUUCGCUAUCAUGUUCCCUACAAACUCUCCGCCAUCACCACUCGCUCCAUAUCUUACAAAAGUUCCAUCUCUUCACCAUGGAACGCAAUGCUACAACUUAUACCUCUGCCACCGUGAUGCCGCCAACGAUAUCAUGCUCAAUGUUCGCAAAUAUACACCAGACGACGCUUCACUUCUUGAAAAUUUCGUCGAACCACUUAAUAACAGAGUCGACAUCAUCAAAGCAUGCGAAGCCAAGCCAGAGAACGUCCAUUUACUACUUGUCAACGAAAUUAUACAAGGUAUCUCCGUUUUCGAAGAUCCAAAUCCGAUAGAUCAUACAAAAUGGGACAUUGAAGAGUUUGUUGACGUCAAACAUUGCAACAGUUUUGUCCAACUCAAGUAUGUUACCAUUUCCCCUCUUUUCCAGCGCUUCCUCUCAUUCUUCCUCGUCAGAUCCAUGGAAAUCUGGGAAGUCAAGUCCAUCUACAUGCUCCACAAGGAUGGCUACUUCCCAGACAUCCUCGGCCGCCUGUUCCUCGCAGUCGAGCGCCGCCAGGGACCUGCAAACCCAGAAUUCCAGGUCCAUAUCGAAAGAGAAGAGUCACUUCACUUAUUCCCAAUGAGAUGGUCACUUCACCCGAAGCAAGAAGUCACCAGUUCUAUAGUCAUUGUAGGAAAUACAGAAGGUGUAGCUAGUUUUCUCUACAAAUUAAUAUCAGUUCCGUAUCUUCAUUUCUCUGCAUUGCACGUUGUAUGCGAAGGAGCCGACGAACGCAUCUGGGUCAACACGUACAGCUGCAGGGAAUACAUGCCGGACUGGUUGCAGCACGUUCACCUCCUAAAUGGAGCAACAUUCUUCGACCACUCGCUGAAAUCGAUCAAUAGACCUGAUUCCACCAUCUCCAUCCAAAAGGAGAACGACGAGAACGCUCCGAUCAUCGACCUCCACUACGAUUUCCUUGUAUUACUCACGGCCAAGCAAGGAGAGACCGCUGAUAUGUGGAUGGCCAAGAUAUUCUGCGAGACAAAGAAGCCGCCAGUCUCCGUUGUCGGUGAUUCCUUAGUCGCAUACUACAUUUUGUCUCAUUACCCUGGAUGCGCACAUAUCGCCCACAAUCCUCGUUUCAAACUCGAAGGAACACUCGCAACAAUCAUCAGAGACUCCGCUGUUGCAAAUUGCGACUUCAGAGAAGUGUCUCCGAAGCUCUUAGACAUUCUCGAAAAGUCAAGUUUGGUUUACGAUGGCGGUAUUGUCAUUGAUGAAUUGUUCAGAACAAACGAUCCAAAGGUAUUCGCUGCCGGACCGAUCACAAUGUUCUCCAGACCAUACAGAGCUAAAGAUGACGGCUCAAUCAUCUCACAAACCGAAUACGGCAGACAAAUUGGAGCUGUCAUUUUGAGAUUGGUUGAUCCAACUGAUGAUUUCGUCGAACCACCACUUAUUGUCGGUUCUGACGAUGCAUUGCUUGCAGAGAAGAAUCCUUCCUUGUUACCGAAGUUCUCUUUGAGAAGAGCCGAAAUGUACCAGUUGCCAGGAACAAUAAUUUUCUACAGAAACGGAUUCCCGGCAGCUAAAUGCAGAUGUUUGGAGACUGUUAACUCUGGAAGAACAAUCAGGUUCUUUGUUGAUGCAGCUGGUUUCAUCCAGGCAUUCGAGUACCUCGGAGAAGCAACAGGAAUGAUCUAUGAUUGGACGAAAUUCAUUGGUCUUCCUGCUGUUUUGUUGAAUAACAUGGUUGAGAGAUUCGACCAGAAGAGAAUUGUCGAUUUCGCUGAGUACUUCACUGAGGAAUGGUGCGCUGCAAUAUUACAUGAUAGAUUCAGAAGAUUCUUUGAUAACAAUUUAGAGAAAUUGAUUGAAAAAGGUGGAGCUGAUACUCCUGAAGCAAUGAAUGAAAUUCGUGAAGCUUUGCUUAAUUUCUUGAUCGAAAAUGCUGAUUUACUUCCAAACUAUUUCACUUCUGAAGAUCAAUUACCUCCACUUGAUGACAAAGAAUAA